UGUUGCUGUGUGGUCAUAAUUGAAAUUAAUUUCAAUUAAAUUCAGUAAUAUUUUAAGAUUUGCAAACAUUAAACGUCUCUUUAGUUAAUCAACACAAUAUUUUCGAUUAUCAGAGGAAAUUUAGUAUUACUAUUAUUAAAAGAAAUAAAAUACUGUUCGUACUGUUAAGGUAUUUGGGUUGAAAAUUAAUUAGUUUGAAAAAUAUUCUAGGGAGAGGCUUAUUGUUAGGCUCUUUCAUGCCUCAGUUUAGACUGUUUAGAGCUAUAGCCUGACACUCUAUGUAUUUGUGAAACUACUCUUCCUAAAUUAAUUUCAAAUAUUUUGCCGUUUUAGUUGAAUUGUAAUUUGAUAGCAAAAUAGUUAAAUAAUAGUACAAAAAUAAUGAUCAAUAUUUCUUAACAAUAAAAAAAAACACAGAAGUUGAUUACAGAAAAAAAAUAUAUUAUUUCUCUGAUAUUCGUAUAUAAAUUGCUAACAUUCGCAUUUUUGUUAAAAGAAAUAUAAGGCAUUCAAAAUUAUGUUAUUUUACCUGCAACGAUAUAUGCAAUAUGGAAUAUUGCAUAUAUGCAAUUCACUCCAAGUAUAACAGUUCGGAGUAAAAAAGUUCAUUUCAGUUUACAUACUGUUUUACACGAUGAAUUACUUUACAUACUUUUAAACAACCUUAGAUAGUUUAAAACGUGCACAGAACGAUCAAUACGAUCAUUUUUCGUAAAAUUUCGCGCCAAUUGCCCGUGACUGAAGCAGGAAACUAGUUCCUUAGCUCGUCGUAAGAGAACACUAGAUACAGUUGACACUGGAGAAUUACUUUUUUCGGCGGGAAGUACCGGCUUUUACUUCGUUGCACUUUUUCAAAAAGUUUUGCUGUUCAAUUAAAUUCAUAGUGUCAAUACUGUUCAUUAUAUGGAUUACGAGGCAUAUUUAUGAAGCAAACAAUAUGGGUGUCUUGUGCCAUAAAAUCAGCAGCGAGCGUCGCUUUUAAAUCUUUACUACUUUACGCUACUCAUUACGACAGUGAAUGUUCUCUUCGUGUUGUGCGUGAUCACCAGCGACGUACAGAGUGUGAAUCAUCAAAGUUUCAUAGCGAAGAAGUCGUUGAACAAGAUCAGUGACCGAGAUGACUAAGGAUGUUGAGUCAAGGAUGAUGAUCGAGGCAUAGACCAGGAGAGAGGUGAUCGAGGAGGAACCUUCCCUCCGGGGACGAAGGAUUCUAUUCAAUGGUUCUUCGAGGACUGUUUGAACACGAUGCUCGAUCCUUUUCAUGGUUGGGUGCCAGGGUGGCUAGCGUAGAAUCGGUCAUAAGGGGCGCGAGAGGGGUGAGGAGUCGCGGAGUACGUGGAAGUCAUCCAAACGAGGAAGUGGCAGCGGAGGAAGGACGUAAAUAUCCUUGUCACGGUCGCUCGGCUACGAGAAAGCUCCUUUCUUGCGUCGUUCACCGAGUUCGCCUUUUAAUGAACAACGGCACGUGGCCUUACAGCGUCUGUCGACGGGGAAUCAAAAGGAGCAGAAAGAAGGCGACUCGAUGGUGUUGGCGUUCUACAACCCCGAGGAAUAGUAGAAUUUAAAUUUUUCACGGGACUUGAUUUUUUCUCCAGGAUGGAUAAGGAGAAAGUACUCCACUGUUGCGUUGAUACAUUACACGUUGUUACUAUGAAUAUUAUAAAUGAAUCGAAAGAGAGUUAAUCGUUGAGAGAGUUUUAAGAGAGUUUUAAGAGUAGAUCUGUUCAGCUUUAAAACUAUUCAACCCGAAACGGCGAAUGCAUACAGAGCCGUCGAAAGGCGAGAAGAAACAAAGCUGGUCACGUAUCUCGCGGGAAAUCAUCGAAGUGAGAGUUAACAAGCAGCAAGUAAAUUAAGAAGAAGAUUCCAGCAGCAGCUAUCGUUCAAUUUUCCUGCGUUUUGUUCCUCAAAUUUUCUACAAAGUUUCACAGCUGCCGGUAAUAGAGGCUCGUUGUAGACACGAGUCAGGUAGAGAAAAUCGUUGGAAACGAAACAGAAAUUAUCGAGGAAGGCCGGCCGGUGUUGUCGAAGUUCAAAGUAAAUAACAGGAAAAGUUUCGCGCGAUCCGACGCAGUUCUGUUUCUAUCCUCGUCCUUUGCGGACGGGUCCCCGUGGCCGCGUGUGUGUCGUCGUUUAAAGAGGUUUAAAGUGUGUAAGAAGAAACGAGGAUGUGCACCAACUGGAGCAUUUGGAGUAUCGGACCCUUUAUCGGGAAGAAAUGAAGUUAUCAGUGUCGGCUUAUAGAGCUCAGGCCUGCGCUCACAAAAAGAUCCUCUCCAACUAUCAACAUCAGCUGAGUUACGGGGCCACCACUCAGGCGUCCUCGGCCCGGACCCCCUCUGAUCCCGCAACGUUCCUUACUGGCUUCAAGGUGGAUCGUGCGGAGAACGAGGAGGGCCAGGGAGGGGGUGGUCUGUCGACGUCUUCGGCGGGCUGCAGCGGUGCUUCCGGUUCGAGGAUGGGCCCUGGGCCCGAUUCCGGUAGCAGUGCUCCCUCUUCCGCUCCCCACUCGCUGGCUACCUCGAGAGACGAGGAAGACGACGAAGACAAAGAAAGUAGUGGCAGACGUUCCAAUGGUCACACAGGAUCGCGAACGAAGAGCAACCAGCGUUGGAUGAAGCUGCGCACUACGGUGCAGCUAUCGUCCGCGAUCUCGACGAUUCAGAAGAAGCCACCCCUGAAACGCGAAGACUCGUUUCUAAAACGAUUCUCCACCAGGCAGAUCCCGGAGAGCCAGGAGACGUUGGACACUGGCGAGGGCGAAGGUGACGCGGCUGACGAUAAGGACUCGAAUGGUCGUCGUCGUAGACGAUCGAGGAGACCUCAGAAACCACCGAAGACCGUGGUGAAUCCGGACGAGAAUUUCUAUUAUUACUGGCUGAUGCUUCUGUCCGCUUGCGUGCUAUACAAUCUGUGGACGCUGAUCGUGCGACAGAGCCUGCCGGAACUACAGGCGCUGGCGCCGGCCGGUUGGCUCGCGUGCGACGGCUUCACGGACCUGGUGUUCUUCCUCGACGUGGCUGUGCAAUUCCGUACCGGAUACCUCGAGCAAGGUUUGAUGGUCUACGACAGCAAGAAGCUGGCCGGCCAUUACCUCAAGUCCAAGUCGUUCAUUCUGGACUUGCUCGCGUUGUUGCCGCUCGAUCUGCUUCAAGUGAACCUGGGCAGCAAUCCCAUGCUACGGUUCCCCAGGUUCUUGAAGAUCUACCGUGUGUACAAUUACUAUUACAUGGUCGAGUCGCGAACUGUUUAUCCGAACCUGUGGCGCGUGCUGAACUUGAUACACAUACUGUUGAUACUGGCCCAUUGGUUCGGUUGCUUUUACUACUUGCUCAGCGAAGCGGAAGGAUUCCAAGGAGACUGGGUCUACCCGUACCGACCGGGCGAGUACGCCACACUCACCAGGAAGUACCUCGGCUCGCUGUACUGGUCUACCCUAACCCUCACCACCAUCGGCGAUCUACCCACGCCGGAAACCAACGCCGAAGUCGUAGCGGGCGGCAAUCCCCGGAGCCUCGCUCGUCGCGGCCGACUGUCCCGGCUUCUGCAGUUCAAGCAUAACGGAGGGUACGUCUUCACGAUAGUCAGCUACCUAAUCGGUGUCUUCAUAUUCGCCACUAUCGUCGGCCAGGUGGGCAACGUGAUCACCAAUCGAAACGCGAAUCGUCUGGAAUUUGAGAGACUUCUAGACGGAGCGAAAACCUACAUGAGGCAUCAUAAAGUUCCCGGCGGCAUGAAGAGACGCGUGCUCAGGUGGUACGACUACAGCUGGUCACGUGGAAGGAUACAAGGUGGUGGUGAUAUCAAUACCGCUCUAGGAUUACUUCCCGACAAACUGAAGACGGAGCUGGCUCUGCACGUGAACCUAGCAGUUUUGAAGAAAGUUACCAUCUUUCAGGAAUGUCAACCAGAAUUCCUGCACGACCUCGUCUUAAAAAUGAAAGCCUACAUAUUCACGCCCGGUGAUUCCAUCUGUCGCAAAGGUGAAGUGGCAAGAGAGAUGUUCAUAAUAGCCGACGGAAUUUUGGAAGUGAUUAGCGAAACAGGAAGAGUUCUAACUACCAUGGAAGCCGGGGACUUCUUCGGAGAGAUUGGCAUUCUGAACCUCGACGGUUUAAACAAACGCACAGCCGACGUUCGUUCGGUAGGUUAUUCCGAGCUAUUCAGCCUUUCUCGCGAGGACGUCCUAGCCGCGAUGAAGGACUACCCGGAAGCGCAGGAGAUCCUGCAGAACCUUGGUAAGAAACGACUGAUGGAGGCGCAGAGGGUGACGAGGACAACGCGGCAGCCAACAUCCCCGGGUCACGAUUCCUCGGAUAAUAGCACUGGUAAAAGGAUCGUGGACAAACUGAAGAGCGACGUGAAAGGUCUAAAGAAUGCCUUAAGGAAAAGCAGAAGAAACACCAGAUCGGAAGAGAGCCUGGAGCUUCAGCCGCUGACGUCAAAGACGCAUACAUUAAAGAGACAGCAAAAGGUCGACGAUGGUCAGGUUGCAUCCGCAUCGAACACCCAAGAACCACCUGUAUCACCUCUCGGUGCUGGGCUACCUCUGCUAGCUAGACUGAGAUUGUUGAAAGAGAAAGAAGAACGCGAGGAACGUCGAAACUUGAUGGAAACACAGGUACACUCUCCGGAACCGCAACAGCAACCACAGCCUCCCCAGCAGCAGCAGCUGCCGCAGCCCUUGCAGCAGCCCUCACAGCAGCCACCGCCGCAGCAGCAACCCCCACCACAGCAACAGCAGCAGCAGCCACCAGCGAUUCCGAAUUUGCCUUUCUUCCAAAGAAGGAAACAGGCCAUCAAACAACUUCCCAUACAGAGCCCGGUGGAUCAGACGGUUAAAUCCCCAUCCACCAGUUCCAACGUGGAUGUUUCCAAUGGUACAAACGCGAAGAAGCCGUGGGCCAUGCUGAAGGAUGCUUCGAUAACCAACAAAGAGAAUUCACCGCAGAGGAGCCCGCCUGUAAGGAGGCUACAGCUGAAGCAAAGUCUGGUACACCUCAGACAGCAGACGAAGAUGUACGCGUCUGUAGACGACCUGUCGCCUGAAUACUGCGGUCUGCCAUUCGUCAAGAAGCUGAAGAUAUUGAACGAGAGACAGAAGUUGGCGGAACUCGAGAAAGCGGUUAGAAGUUCGAGCCUCGACUGCGGCGAAAAUACCGAACUCGAGUUUGAUGGCAACCUAACCAGAAGUCAUUCGGAAGCGUGCGCUAUCGAGUAUGCCAGGAAAUUGAAGAAACUGAAUCAGAGUCGACGAAGUUCGACAUCACCAACGGAUCCAUUAUCGCCUGAGAACGAGACGUUAGAAAGGCGGAACCUGAAGAGCAUUCUAAAGAAAUUGUCGGCAGGAAGUCGAACGGGAAGUUCAGAAACUUCGGCAACCAGCACUCCAGAUCGCGAAGCGGCCACUGCCGAAUUUCGAAAAUUAAUGAGAGCACCAACUAUUGAGGGUUACGCCGCGAGGCAUUCGAAACUGUCGAAAAGUGUCACGUUUAACAAGUAUACGUUGCAAAGUCCACCGUCCGAGCAGAUCCCAGGGAAUUAUCCGGUUGGAUCUCAGUUGCCCGACUCCCAAGAGCAGGCCUCACUGCCACCGCCCAAUAAACUCAGUUUCCGUCCUUUGGGCAGCGGAGGUAUGCUGCAAAUGGUAUCAUCUCGGCCACGAGAAGAGGAAUACUUGGGAGAGUUGGUGUCUGGUAUCAGAGAAAUCGUUAAAGGUCGUCUGGAGGACAUCCAGACGAAAUUCGAACGGCAGUUUACGUCGUUAGAGCUGGAAAUCCGCAAAAGGGACGAGAUAAUAUCGCAGCUGCAGGCAAGGAUACAGGAGCUGGAGCACCGAGAGCUGCAUAACGGAGACGAUUCCCCCGGGGACAGCACGGAGCACGACGCCUCGUUCGAAGAGGAUUUGGACGACGAUCGGGAGGAUCAUCCUUUCAUGAGGGACGGCUCGGUGGACACUGUUCUGACCACUCGACCACCCUACAAACGUUCCUCCCCCUCCGGCUCGCACAACAGAAGGUCCUGGGAGGAGCAUUCCGAGGAGGAGACGCUGGAGCUUCAGGAGUUACCCAGCUCGAUCGUUCCUCACAGUUUGUGGAAGGACGAGGUGGCGAUCAAUCUGGAGUCGAACAGCGAUAGCAGCAGAUCCGACGACGAAUUCGACGAGCGAGCUAGCUGCAGAACCGACAGCGAUAACGACGAAGACGAGGAUGAGGGUGAUGUGCGUCGACAUGGUCACAAUAACUGGGAAGUGGCGAUGCUAGCUCAGGAACUUGAGGCCAGACGGAGGAGCAGCGAAAACGCGAACCCGGGUUCCUAGCGCAUUAACGAGAUUCUAGAUGUACUGUGUUACCUCACGAGCACGUUGCAUCCCGAAGGCUGGUGCAACGAACCAGCUGCAGCUGGGAGUGCAGCUUUCUGCGAGAACGAUUGUCCUUACUUACAGUUAGACUUCGAGAGCAUGACCAGCUGUAGGGAGACUAUGAUGUAAUCCUGAAGUAAUUCUAGUCGAGGGGGGGGGGGGGGAUCGUUCCUUUUCUAAUUAUGAUCCUGAGCUUCUGUGUCGAGAUUCGUGGGCCAAAACGUAUCAUCUCCGCGGGAGUGUACGCUUGUUUCUAAAGCCUGGACUAAGGUUAAGUGUUCGCCCGUUAAAUCGUCACCUCUUUACGUUUUAGUCGCACUCUCUCUCUAUGGACGUCCAGUGCUUGUCCGCCAGGUUUAUUCUUCACUUUCACCAACAAAAGAUGCCUGUUCGUUCCUUUCGUCUCAUUUUUCUUCACCUUCGAGUGAAACUCUUUAAAAGAGCGACAUAUGUAUUUUAUUUAUUGAUAUGCAGGGUGUCGCGUUACUGCUGGUACAAGCGGAGAGAAUAUUUCUUGUGCAUAGGUAAGGUAAAAAUAUGGGAUUUAAUUUUAUCAUCCAACACUUCGUUUUCAAGAAAAUAUACUUUGAAAGUUGUAGGAGAUAUGCCUUUAGGUAGGAAAAAAAGAAUUUGAAAUUUUUUUAUUUUUUAUUUUAUUAAGUACAUCUUUAGAAAUUUCUAGUCAUUUUUUAAUGUAGAAAUAAUCAAAAAUUUAAAAGAUAUUGCUUCAUUUUUUACGAGAUGUUUUUUUGAAGACGUUUUAUAAUGACCAUUGUUAACUGAAAUUGGGUUAUCAGAAAUAAAAAAUUCAAAAAUUUUUAGAUAAUAUAUUAAAUUAUAUAGUUCUUAUUGGAUCGGUACUUUGAAAAAUUAAAUUGGAAAGAAGUGAUGGCAGCUGAAAGUUGAGAUAUCGAUUUUUUUACCCACGAAAUGAAAACUGAGCAAAAAACCAAAAAGCUCCUGAUAGAGAUUAAAUAAUUUAAUAUAUUAAUAUAUUAACAAUUUUAUGAAAUCCCCAAGGCAAUUUUAUUUUCUUUUUUGAGAAAGCAGAAAUUCAUAUUGCAUAACCCAAUAUUCUCCUGUUAUAAAUUACUUUUACUAUCAUAAUACUUAUAUCUAGAUUUUUCUUCUUUUUUUAUUCAAAAAAUAAACCUGGGUCUUUUGCAAAGAUAAAGUAGGAUAUUGCUUGUAAUCCCCUUUCAGUAGUGUCCCUUGUUAAGCCUCCAUCAGUUUUUUCUCAAAUCCUUAAAUCCUUAAAUCCUUGAAUCCUUAAAUCCUUGAAUCCUUGAACCCAGUUUUGCAUAAAAUACUUUGAUUUUUGCAUAUAUUUUCCGACCGUUGCAAAAUACAUUUUAGGUUCUUUUAGAUAGCGACACAAGGAAACUGCUUCGAAUCUCUUCAGGUAUAUUGACUUCAUCAUGGAGAAUGCUUUCCUUCAAAAAAUUUAAAAAAUGUCGAAGUGAUCCAAUAUAUGUAUUAGGUAUCAGUCCACAUCCGAAAUGCUUAUAAUUUUUUAUUAUAAUUAUUUCUUACCUGAGUAUUUUAUAUUGUUGGGACAAUGUUUUACCUAUUUUUAAUUAUUAUUUUAUUAAAAAUAAUAUUCUCUACAAUCAGAUUGUUUAACUGUAACUAAUUAUUAAUUAAAUAACAAUUUAUUUUCUUUUUUGUUUUUUUUUUUUUCAAUCUUUGACAUCAGGUGUUAGCCAACAUUACCAACGGAGACCUUCAUAGAAGUUUUUUUUUUACAUCUUUAAUUAAUGAUAAUUAGUUAUCUACUAAUAUCCUAGUUUUUCAAUUUGAAUUUUACAAUCUUAAAUGCUUAUUUGAAUUUUUUUAAAUAAUUUUCUUGGAAACAAAACAUUGUAUGAAAAAAUUUCAUUACACAUUUUCAACUUACUUUUAUUAAGUGUACAAAUUAUUUCGAUACCUUUGCUAAUUACUAUUUUAGAUUUGAAUAUUUCACAGAUUUUAAAUACUACAAAAAUAUCGAUAACUAUAAUGAUUAUUUCAAAAAUUGAAAUUACUGUGACUUUUGAAAAAUAUAUUUCUUAUUAAAAUUUUUAAAAAGUACUGAAUUGAUUUAUACAUCUUAUACGUUCCGCUUGUACCUGGAACUAUAUGACACGCUGUAUAAUGAUCAUUGGUUUGAUCAUUAGCAUGUUACUAAAAUUUUAUAUUCGUUAUUCUAGAUCGAAUAGAUCAUAAUGGACAUGGUUUUACGAGGGAAUGGAAUGGAGAGUACACAUAGCUGUACGUGUCUAAAAAGUUACAAUAUAAGUUCUUUUUCAAAUUCCAAGUUCAUAGUGAUUUAAUCCUGUAUUUAGAUAUUCAUAUCUAAGAUAAAGACUUAAACUAAAAAGUAAUGUUUUGCGUGCUAUGUUAAUAAGAGCGAAGAUGCGAAUAUUUCUUGAAUGUUACACCAAAUGUGUUAGCGGAAUUAUAUUCAUGGUUAAGGUUAAUUUAUUCAUAAGGUCGCAGUCAGUUUCUUAAGUUUUCAUCUGAAUUUCGAAGUUAGUCGAUUCGCUUCAGACGUACGGAUAUCAUUGGGUUAUACAGCUUCCCGAAGUUCUCAAACGACCUCACGAUUAUACAGGGUGUCUUGACAAAGUGCGUUGGUUUAUUUUAUAGGUAAACAUUUAAAAAAAAAAAUUACACAUCUCUAGUUUUAUUUCUUAAAAAAGUAAUUAAUAACACAAUUACUGACACUCAGCAAAAUUCUCAGGAACUUUGCAGUAUAAUAAAUUCCAUAAUAAUGUCGGGUGCAGUUAGUAGGCUUCUCUUAAUUAGGAAGAUGAAUAGGGGAAAAUGUGUGAACCUCCCAAGGUGGAAGGUUUCUCUUCCAAUCUUUUCCCUUAGCCAAAGGAAACCUCCAUUGCACUUAAGUACAUUCUCGCAGCUUAGACUUCUUUUCAUUUUACUUGUUUCUCCAUAUUUUCUAUUUGCCAAAACGAGAGGUUAGAUCAGGUUCUCCUUAGGCUCCCUCUCAGUCCUAGAACUUAAGCUCUCCCCACAUUUUCCUAGGUUCUCCCUAAGUUCUUCCUAAGUCUUAGAGCUGAGGACCUCUUCAAUUUUUCUCUAGGUUAUCCAUGGAUUCUCCUAAGUCUUAAAGCUGAGGACCUCUUCAGUUUUUCCCUAGGUUCUCCCUAAGUUCUUCCUAAAUUUUAGAGCUGAGGACCUCUUCAAUUUUUCUCUAGGUUAUCCAUGGAUUCUCCUAAGUCUUAAAGCUGAAGCCCUCCUCAAUUUCUCUCUUGAUUAUCCCUGGGCUCCUCUAAAUCUUAGAGCUGAGGCCCUUCUCAGAUUUUCCCUAGGUUAUUCUUGGUUUUCCCUAAGUCUUAGAGCUGAGGCUCUCCACAGUUUAUCCCUAGGUUCUCCCUAGAUUCUUCUAAGAUUGGGAAGCCUAUGUUGCACCCCAACUUUUUCAAAUGAAAAAUUAACAAUACUAUUUGCAAAUAAUCGUUUUUGAUAAUACUAAUAAUGCAAUCAAGGCAAGCACAAUCGAGUUUUUAUACGUUGCAAUGGAAAAUUCAGCAUAACUUCCUGCUUAACUCGCUAAUUAAACGUUUAUGUAACACUUUUCUUCUUUUUUGAUCUACAGAAUAUACUCUCGCACUUUGUAACUAAAUACCCUGUAUAAAGUAAAAAUGGGCAUCCGGAAUCAAAUCUGGCUUGUUCUUACUCUGUAUCUAUACCCUCAGGUGACUUGUGAUCUGGAUAGGAUACGACACUAAUAAUCGUCAGUAAGUAUUUCUCAAAGAUUUCUCAAGAUAUAGUUAUGUAACAAGAAUGAUUAUUGUAUAUGUAUCUAAAUUGGUGAUUGUAUAUGAUGUUCAUUAAGUUUGUAUAUAACAAAUGAUGUACAGUCGAAGACAAAGUCAUCAGAUAUUGUUGUCAUUCUCAAAUUUUCAAUAAGUAUUAGAUAUCAAAUGUUUGUCACGGCCACAUAUUUUCAGCUGCCCUUUUUGAUAUUCUAUACUUUUGAGCUGUUCUACGGUAAUUCAAAUCGUUACAGCAACUAGAUAGGAUUAAAUUUCGAAUUUAUUCUAAAAUUUCUCUUUUUGUUACUACCAUAUUUUUUCAUAAAUAAUUUUCUAAUUCUCGAGUACCGGACUGUCGAUGUCUUUUCCAUUUGUUUGUUUUUAAGUAUUGCGUUAUUCAACUGUUUUAAUUUUAUAUGUAAUUUUCUCCAUUGGUUACAUUGUCGAUUUAACAUUAUUUAUUAAUGCUAUAAUAUUGACACUAACCUCAGUUAUUUAUGUAACAUUAAGAGAAUUUAUAAUAAUUUAAACUUAAGUUUAUAUGAAUAAACUUAAAUACUGAGUUCUGAUUAUACCUUAGUAAUAACUACAAAGUUAAAUUAAAAUUUUGAUUCUCUCCAUGGUCCGCAGUCUUGUAAAAUUCAAGUACACUGCUUGUUAAUAGCUCGUAACCAAUGAUUGAUAGAAUAAAUUUUUAUUUCUUAUUUAUUUUGUAGCAUUUUGCAUCAAUAUUAUAUUAAAAUUAUGUAUUUUACAAUCAAAAUUUAGAUUUGAAUUUGACUUUUACAAUGAACCAUUUAAUUGUGUCUACGACUGUAUAUCAAAGUAGAUGUAAAACUGAUAUUGUAUGUAAAAAGUAAUUAUUCUUAUUACUUGACUGUUUUUUUGAGAAAUCGUACUUACCGACUGUUACCGACAUCCAGAGGAAUGACCAUGGAGUGGAUGCAAAUUCUACUCCGGAUGGCCAUCUUUGAUUAAACAAUGUUACCUCGGUGAAAUAUCGCGUAUAUGGUACAAAUUUCGAUUAUUUUAUCUUGUAUUCGUCUAAUUAUCAUUCCGAAGCCUGAUUGUGUCAAGAAAACGUGAUAGUUGCCACAGUACGUACAGUAGGUGAUGAAAUUAUUAGAGCUACCUCCAUAAUUUAAUUUUUUUAAUUAAAAAUUGCACUUAAGUUUUAUUAUUAUUUUUUUCUUUCGAAGUAUUAACAUUCGCAAAUUGCAAAUUUGCAACCCCAUGGAUAUUAUUUUCUAUCAAAAGCACACUCUUCCUAUUUUACCUCUAAUAACUUAAUCACCUGCUAUAGUACAAUACACAAGGUGUUCACCGUAAUUGUGUACACGAUUUUUGAAGCACUUUCGAUAAUGUAAGAGAAGAAUCUUUCAAAUAAAAUUUUAUCUGUUUCAGAUCAACUACAAAUUGCAGUAU